AUGGAGCUAGCACUCAGCCUUAAGCUUUCCAAGGAAGUUUUAAUAGUUGUUACUUGGUGUUUGGAAACAUAUGAUCGCUUGGACAAGACACUUGCUGGUACAGACCACUCAUGGAGAGCUCUGACUCUAAAGUUGUGCAGUGCCCUGGAAACUGCAAAUAAGUUGGUCCGGUCUACCAAUGUGAAUGUUAGAUUGCUGUCUGAGAAUGUUGAGGAGCUCGAGGGAAUUGUCAAGAGGGAAGAUUCAGCUCUAUCUUCAUCCAAGGCUUUCCAUCUCUCUCUUGAACCAAAAUGAAGUAUCAUUGGCAGUCAAAGUGUUAAAUGACCGGAUAUGGUAUGUGGUUUCUUAGAGAUGUUAAUUCAUCCUCCAAAGAGCUGCUCAUCACCUUCAAGGCACCCAUGAGUCCAAAAAUCACUUUUCAUGCUUCUAGACCAGUUAUAACGGAAGAGAAUAUAAUUAGUCAUUCUUUCUCUUCUUUACAAAUGAAGCAAACAUUUGCUAGAGUCCAACCUUUACAAAAGGUUGUUAAUGGUUAGGAUCCUUCCGUUGGUAGCUUCCUGAGUGGAAAAUCAAUUUUAGCAACUAGUUUUUGGUUUCAACCUAUCUACAAUAAUUACCACGUCUUAGUUAUUUUUUAAAAUCACUUGUACUUUUUAAGGUUAGGGAAUUCUUAAUCGCAUCAUGUCCCUACAUUCUCUCUAGCUACUUGAUAUUUAAUGAGUCUGGUACCUCCAUUUUCUUUUUUUCUUUUGGGUUACCAAAGGGAACAACGCUCCCCCCUCUGGCCAUCUCAGUUAACUCGAACCCUCUACUAAACGCAAUUGUUUCAAUCAAUCAUCUUAACUCUAACCCAUUGCAAUUUUCUCAAUUUGAAAGUCUCAAUCAACUGUCACCUUCUGUUGAUCAUA